GAUAACAGUUAAUCCAUGAAUAUCAUCCUUGUGUUUGCAUUUUUUUUUUUUUCAGGGAGAAAUGGGGUACAGCUUGUUGAAUCAGAAGGUCCUGAAGCAAGUCCUGGAUUAGAUAAAUCCACAGGAGACGAAGCUGCAGGUGGAACCUUGGUAAUCAUCAUAGCUGCCGUUAGCGUCACAAUUCUGGCCAUUGGCUGUAUUGUAGCUAUUCUCCUCUUCAGACGCUACUUGCAAAACCGAGAACAGGGGGUCUACUCUGUGCCAGUAGAGCAAGGACAGAAAGCUGCUGUCUAACCGUCAGGGCCUUUUCAUUUCCUCUCUCCACUGGAUCCUUUCAGGGACGUGCCGCAAGCGUGUGAUUUCUCAUCCAAACGUAUCUAUAUCUAUAGCGGAUUCUAUAACGUCCGUAGACCAGAGUGUGUUGCAAUCAUACAUUUUCUAUGAAUCGUUUUUUAAAUGCACAACGUGUAGCAUUCAUGCACAUACGCCAUAUGUUGCACUCACAGAGAAAGUCCUUGGACUGUGUAAUACAGCUCAUUGGACAUUUCCCCUCUCCACCUGCAAUAUUUUUGUAUUUAAACCAAGUUCAGAACCUUU